AUGAAUUCAUUAAAUACUUUCAAGCAAUUUACUUCUAAAUUCUCCUUCAAAAACUCGGUUAAUGUUUGUUUAUUUUCAGCAGAGUCAGCAGAAUUUCCUGACGUUCCUGGCAAAUUUGAUGACUCAAUUCCUGCACUCUUAAUUUGUUUACUUUUGUCAUUAUCGUUAUCGCCAUCAUCUGAUGUUCAAUUUGUGAGAGCUUUAAAACUUGCAGCAACAACAAAAAUGUCGAAUUGGCAACAUAAUCCUAAUUGGAAUAAUCCACCGAAUCAAUGGAAUCCUAAUCAUCCGAAUUGGCCAGGUCAUGGCGAUCAUUUACCGCCACAAUUCCCGCCGGGUGAUCCUAGAAAUCCUCAUUAUCCGAACUAUCCCGGUGAUCAUUUGCCACCACAAUUUCCACCAGGUGAUCCAAGAAAUCCUCAUUAUCCCCAUUAUCCUGGUGAUCAUUUGCCACCACAAUUCCCACCGGGUGAUCCCAGAAAUCCCCAUUACCCUCAUGACCCCAAUAACCCAUGGCCACCUCAUCAUAUUGAAGAAGAAGCAACUCCGUAUAAAGCGACAAAAAAAUAAUUAUUUGUCUUCAGAGAUCGUUUGUUACGAAUAAAAAAGUAAAUAAAAAUGACUCACUCACCUUUCGUGAAUGUUCUCAUGUUUCAUCAUGAGCUCAUCGUAGACAAAACAAACACGAUUGGUAGGGAAAGUUAAAUUUGUGAAGAA